CGGCUGCCAAGUGACCGCGAGUGCCGAGACCCGCGCCGCAAACAUGUUGGUUCGGGCAACUGCGCCACCAUUGCCCAGAGCGAGAUCACAUCAGCCAAGAUCAAUAAACCUUGUUGGAGCUGAAUGGCUUGAUGACGACAGUGUCUACUUAAGUAGAGCUUGACCCCUCACUUUACAUCACUGUUCAAAGCUAGAAUUACAGUACAACUUCGCGAAUACACAUAAACAACACAAACAACAUGUCAGCUCAAGAUUACUACAGUGGUGGUGGAGGUGGAUACGGCCAGCAGCAACAGCAAGGUGGUGGUUACGGACAACAACAAGGCUAUGGCCAACAACAACAGGGCUAUCCUCAGCAGCAACAAUACUCUCAAGGAUCCAACUACGGCUCCAACCAGCCCAGCUACGACAACCGUGAUCAAUCGUACGGCCAACACCAAGGCGGACAAUACGGCGGCGGACCCAACCAAUACCCCGACGGUGCAGGUGGUCCCGGCGGUCCGGGUGGCCCGGGAGGUCCGGACGGAGAGCGCGGACUGGGUGCUACACUUGCAGGAGGCGGUGCAGCCGGCUGGGCCGCUCACACAGCUGGUAGCGGUCUUCUCGGCAGUCUAGCCAGUGCCGCUGCUGGUGCCAUUGGCGCAAACUUCCUCGAGCACAAGUUCAAGAAGCACAAGAAGGAGAAGAACAGGAAGCAUCACCGCGACGGACGCCCUCGAGCUUUCACCGGCGACUCAACUAGUAGCAGUGACUCCGACUCUGGUGAUGAGCGACGUCGACGAAAGGACGAUGACUUGGCCUAUGGAAAGUCUCAGUAUGACAACUCCUCUCGACAUGGACAUGGAGACGGUUCUUAUGGAGGCUCUAGCUCAUAUGGCGGAGGCGGCUAUGGUGGCCGAGAUCAGGGCUACGGCGGUGGCCAGAGCUACGGAGGCCAGGGCGGAUACGGAGGUCAAGGCGGAUAUGGCCAGCAGGGCUACGGUGGUACCCGAUACUAAGUGCCCCGCGAUUGACGCUGGGAAGGAUUGAAGAACAAGACAUGAUCUUUUGUAAUUGAUACGAGCCGGAAGAAUAUUGACGUUUCACGUUAGACAUGAAUACAUAUACCCUGCGACACUCAUCAGUUGAACUUUCUAUGACAAGCCGAAGACUGUACAAUAUCCAAUGAUUUUGCUUGCGCUGAUAUCUAAUAGGUCCAGGAAGUUUCGAGAAGUGUCUUCGGUACGUCGACUCAGCCCCGAUCGUGGUGAACUUGCUCUCCCUGCAUAUGCAGGUCAUGAACUAAACCCCGCUAAAUGAUGUCUUGAUCUCCACGUCUGACACAAGAACCUGGUAACAACGAUACGCGGUCAGCAUUAUCCGAGAUACCAUGCGCGUAGGACACCUCAUUACCGUGACUUCAGUCCUGGAGCGACCGUCUCAUAUGCGUCGUUUGCCAUACUGGAUCCUCAUCCACCGUAAUUAUCGAGAACCCUUUUCGUCUCCAGAAGUCGAUCGCGUUGGGUAAGAACGGAUGCGUAUGCAGGUAAAGCUGCUUGACGCUAGAUUUCCGGGCGGUCUCGACUAGCGUGUCGAGCAGUUUGGAAGCUAGCCCUGCGCGACGCCAUUCAGGCUCAACGUAUAAUCUCAGUAUCUCGACAACAUUCUCAGGUUCGAGAGUGAUAUGUGAGAAGCGACCAUCGUAAGCAACGUAGCCGAUUGUCGCUAUCAGGCGCCCAUCGGAACAAGCUGUUAAAAACGCGCCUUGAGGAUGGUCAAGAUAUCUGUCCUUGAAGAUGUCUAGUUCGUUCUGGGCCAUUUGAUCACUGGAUGAUUGGUCGAGGAACGGGAACAUGUCCGCUCGGGCCUUUGUUAUGAAAUCCACGACACUGGGGAUCUCAUCAUGCGUCGCUGGCUGAAUGGUGAUAUUAGACAUGUCGUAUUUUCGGUGAUAAAGUCAUCGGAUGCGUCAGAUACAGUCCAGAAAUCGCCUUUAAAUAAAAAUUCAUGAUGAAAAUAUGGCGCAACCGACCCCACAUCUAAAACUAAUCAUGCUCGCGAAAAAGAAGCUUAUUUUCACCCAUCUAAUCUCGCUAAACUGACCUUUCUUAUCAAUCUAUUACACCAUAUUUAACAUAUGGCAAUGACAGC